AUUGCAAAGGAGGUGGCGAAACUGCUGGAGAUGAAGGCACAGCUGGGGGGAGAUGAGGGGAAACACAAGUUUGUGCUCAAGACCCCGAAGGGUACACGGGACUACAGCCCCAAGCAAAUGGCCAUUCGUGAGAGAGUCUUCAAUGCGAUCAUCACCUGCUUCAAGCGCCAUGGAGCAGAAGUCAUUGAUACACCCGUGUUUGAGCUGAAGGAGACGCUGACAGGGAAAUAUGGUGAAGACUCAAAGCUCAUCUAUGAUCUGAAAGAUCAAGGAGGAGAGCUGCUGUCCCUGCGCUACGACCUAACAGUGCCCUUCGCUCGCUAUUUGGCGAUGAACAAGAUCACCAACAUUAAGCGCUACCACAUCGCUAAGGUGUACAGGCGGGACAACCCAGCGAUGACCAGGGGCCGCUACAGGGAGUUCUACCAGUGUGAUUUUGACAUUGCCGGCCAGUUCGACCCGAUGAUUCCUGAUGCAGAGUGCCUGAAGAUAGUGCACGAGAUCCUGAGUGACCUGCAGCUUGGGGACUUUCUCAUUAAGGUCAACGAUCGACGCAUCCUUGAUGGGAUGUUUGCAGUUUGUGGUGUCCCAGACAGCAAGUUCCGAACGAUCUGCUCCAGCGUUGACAAACUGGAUAAGAUGCCGUGGGAAGAAGUGAGGAGCGAGAUGGUCGGAGAGAAGGGGCUCUCUCCCGAGGCUGCAGACCACAUCGGGGAGUAUGUCCAGCUUCACGGUGGCCUGGACCUGAUAGAGCGGCUUCUCCAGGACCCAAAGUUGUCCCAGAACAAGCUGGCCAAGGAGGGGCUGGGGGACAUGAAGCUGCUGUUUGAGUACCUGACCCUGUUUGGCAUCACAGGGAAGAUCUCUUUCGAUCUGAGCCUGGCGCGGGGUCUGGACUAUUACACGGGGGUGAUCUUUGAGGCUGUCCUGCUGCAGCAGGAGAACGACCACGUGGAGGAGUCAGUCAGCGUUGGGAGCGUGGCUGGAGGCGGUCGCUACGAUGGGCUGGUGGGGAUGUUUGACCCCAAGGGACGGAAGGUGCCCUGCGUGGGGGUCAGCAUUGGGAUUGAGCGGAUCUUCUCCAUCCUAGAGCAGAGAGUGGAGGCCUCUGAGGAAAAGAUCAGGACAACGGAGACACAGGUGCUGGUGGCCUCUGCCCAAAAAAAGCUCCUUGAAGAGCGGCUGAAGCUCAUCUCUGAACUGUGGGAUGCUGGAAUCAAGGCAGAAGUGCUGUACAAGAAGAACCCCAAGCUGCUGAAUCAGCUGCAGUACUGUGAAGACACGGGCAUCCCUCUUGUUGCCAUUGUGGGUGAGCAGGAGCUCAAGGAUGGAGUCGUCAAGCUGCGGGUUGUGGCAACCAGGGAGGAGGUCAACGUUCGCAGGGAGAACCUGGUUGAGGAGAUCAGAAUGCGAACGAGCCAGCCUUAA